AUGGUGCACUUGGCAGAUCCUCUGUAUUAUAGGCAAUUGCUGAAUGCAACUUCGCAGUAUGAAAAAGUUUUGUAUGAGCUUAUUGUCGAUGAAGACGUGGUUGAACGCGACGAAGCUGGCUGGAAACGACUCAAGGAAACGUUAGUUCCAGCAAACGACGAGCGAGUGAUGGCAGCUAGGAACGGUUUCCAAGCCCAGCUGGAAGCAAUUGAUUACUGUCGAGAAAAUUGGUUCCUUGCUGAUCUUGAUCGGAAAACGAUUAAGACUCUUCAAGCCCAGAGAGGUGAAGGUCUUCCGCCGAACGCCUUUCAGGCUGCAAUGGCCGGAUGGGGUACGGGAAAUUUUCGUAGGCUGCCUGAAUCACUACGCGACCUGAUCAGAAAAUGGUUGAGAGCACCGAUAUGGCUGGUGCCAUGUCCAGAGGGAGCAAUGCUGAUGCUAGACUGGGCCAUGUCUGAGAAAGGAUCCUUGAGUGAAGUUUUGAUGGCGAUGCUAGACAGCGUUAGGUCCUUUAAUUUCAGGUCGCUUGGAAAACUUGCUUUUGGACAGCUCCUGGUUUCGGGGACGAUGGCGUGUGAUGGACCUCAGACUGUGAUAAUCUCCGAAAGGAACAAGGAAGCAAUUCACGAGAUCUUGCGAUUAAAGGAGGAUGGAGUAAAGCAGACUGCUUUGCUUUAUGGAGAUCGAAGGUUGAGAACACAACAUGGGUUUCAAAGAGGACAAACUAGAUGGCUCACUGCUUGGCGUAUUGCUGUCCCAGAGCCUCAAGUCUCGUUGGAAAAUCUUGUAUUCCUGCUUGCAACAUACUUGUGUCUUGACGGGAUCGAUUGGUUGUCGACUAUUUCAAGCUUAGCUGAAGAGAUUUCAAACUCCCGAUUUGAUUCGGCGAUGGUGCUUGCAGUGGCUUACCUUGCACGGCAUGGAAUUCUCUAUUAUUCAGUAGGGCGCUGGUUUGUUGCUUGGGACAAGCCACUUUUUGUGGAUUCCAACCUUCAAUAG